AUUGUUUUAUUAAAGGGUAAACUUAGCCUUAAGAAUGAAUAUGAUGUUUGUAAUGAUUUUACUUUUGUUUAGAAAACUGCCAACUAAAAUGUGGUGCUUUGCAAGUGGGUACACAGUUUCUCAUAUGCUUCAGGAUGUUUUGUUUUUGCCAAGCAGUGGGUCUCUUGAGGCUGUUGACACCUUUGACAGCCAAAAGCAGUCUGGGGAGUUGUCCGAAAGUUUCAUGAAGGCCUUCAUUUGCCCUUCCCUUUCAGUGUAGAUAAAAGGUUAUUGCUGUGUAACAGGACCGUCUGACUCCAAACCUUAGGCAUUUACAGGAUAUUCUUAUAUUCAUGUAUGACUGCAUGUGAGGUAAUUAGUAUUUCAAUAAUGGCCUUGUUAGAAUUAUGUGUAAAAACCCCAGACCAACUCACUGAGGCUGAUGUUGCACUAUCCUGAUUUAUGUAGUUGUAAUGUUGAGUAGGCCUUUAUUGGGUAUACAUUUUAUAGGUCUGAGGAGGCUGAUUAAUAAUCUGCCUGCCUCCUUGGGGAAACAUGCAUUUCUAUACAUAGACCUAUAUCAUUGAUUCCAUUGUCCUCUUUUGUCUGUGAAUGCUUCACUGAGACAAGAGAAUGUGAAUAUAAUGUGGACAAAGCUGAAAUGUACAGGGAUUUACAAAAAUGUUAGUACUAUGGCUUGGUUAUCGGUUGACUGUUGGAGAUAAAAAGGGCUCCUAAGCAAAAAUAUGUUGCUACUCAUUAUAUGUGCUACUUCGCCCAUUCAUAACUUUUUGCUAAAACAGGCCUUCAGUGUUUGUUGAAAAGUGAUGACCUGCAUAUAAUCCCUAAAGGUGGCUGUGCAAUGGCAAAUUUAAGAUGCCAUUUCAGCCCCUUCAGACUGCACUUGUACUAUCUUUUUCCGAUGGCCUCCCCAACAGAAAUCUGGCUAAAAAUUGGCCAGAUAUAUAGCUAGUACGGUUAAAACCCCAUCAGAUGAGGGACGCAUUGGCGUGUUGAUGUUCUCCUCUCCUGAUGGGCAUGUGUAGACCACUGUUAUGAUCUGAUUUUUGGCCCGGGAGCCAAAUGCUCUGAUCAGACAGAUUUGGCAAGAUCAACCUAUUGCAUUUUGUGUACAUAGUUUAGGAAACGCAGUUAAACAACUUUUCUGAUUAAUUAAUCAGGAAUUAAUCCCUUUAAUCAGCAAUCUUGGGUGUCACUGUGUCCACUGAUAGGAUUUCCUAUCAGACUAAAAUGCAGUAUUUUAGAAUGAGAUAAGCAUUGAGAGAAGGCACUACAUGCAAACUUUAUGAUCAAAUAUGUCUGGCUUAAAUGGCAUAGGAAUUUGCAAACCUGACAGUACCCCUAUCUCCUGUGCAUAAAGUGGAAAUACUACUAUUGACCUUGUUCAUUGUGGAAUGUUGAACAAAGUAGAGAAAAAUUACAUUUUCUUAAUAUUUAAGUCAUUUACAGUCUAUUUGAUGAUUGUAUGUGUGACUUCAUUUCUUGGUAGUUGUUGAGACAGGCAAAGCUUUAUUCCUUUCUGAAUCAGCAGCUAAUGAGUAUUUUCUGCUGUCAGAACUCACAGUAUGACAUUGUCCAAAACUUGGUGAUCCUCUACUUGAGAGACCCAUGGUUUCCAAUGUUGACAAAAUUCAAUCACAAUAUUGUGAUGUAGAUAAAAAUACCUUGUGGUCACCUACUUUACAUAGAAACUCAGUUAUAGUUCUAGCCCAAUAAUUUGGAACCAUGAGUCAUGGAAUUCUGGCACUAUAUGAGCUUGCACUUAAUAAUGGGGAGCAAGGAUAUUAUAUUUCUUCAGUGGAAUCCUAAACCUAUUGCACUCUGUACUGACGGAUGGUGCUUAGCUGUCAUUGCCCCCUGGGCAUUCUGUUGUCAGCACUGCAUGUUCUCUAGCUAAAUAAGGGAAUUAAAAUAAGUAAUUCUGAAACUCAACCCUUGCUGAUCCAGGUGAUGGUUUAACAUUUGUACUGAUUCUCGGUAUGAUCUUAGCUAUAUGCAAAAAAAAAAAAAAGAUUUUAGAACACAUUCAGUGUUCAUCUGAUUCUGCUGAAAUCAGCAGGUAGCAUUUACUGGUUUGCUAUUUAAAAAUACACCUCUAGUUGCUAUGGGUUACUAGAUGUGGGCAAACUUUAGACUUACAUUAUCCCAUAUUGGUCCCACUAAGGAUUGGCAAGGUGCCUGUCAGUUUGAAAUGCAGCCAUGUGACAAUUAUGCUAAACUGUCCAAAGUCAUGGACAAGCGGCAGCAGUAGCAGCGGCAGCUAUUUUCAGAUAUUUAGCCUCUGGAAAUGACCUCCAGACUUUGAUUUCCUUUGCAAGGGAACAUUACCCGAGUAGCUAUUCAAAAAGGCAGCGGCAGGGCUAUCACAGUAAUGUAGUAGCCAGAGAAACAACAACAACAACUUGUCUGGAAUCGCAGCAAUUCUGUGCCUUUCUGACUGAAAUAGGAAGUAAGGAGAUACAUUACAUUAGAGAGAAACACAAUGUUACAUACAGUUUUACCUUUAUCAACACUAGUAAUCUGUUGCCAUGCCAAGUAUUUAAAGAACAUGUUUGGGUAUCCUGCAACCAGGUUAUUAACUGUCUGACUGCUACAGACUCCUCCCUAGCAUUUCAGUAAAUGGCUCACCUGCCCAGUGAAUAGAAAUGUACAUUUUUUUUAACUGGUAAGGGAACAACACACCCAGUUACAAAGCGAGAACAUGUAUUUUAUUUGUUCCAGCACUCACAACCAAACAUUUGUCUCCACAACAGACCAUCAAAGCUGAGUGCAAGGCUUUCUGUUCUGUUUUUUUUGCACUAUUAUGCAUAUAAAUAUUUUGCUGUGCAAGUCCCAUUAAGUUAAGAAAUAUUUCACAAUGUAACUGCAAUCUACUUUUUGAAGCAGGCAAUUUAAUAUUUUGUGUUAAAUACAGUCACUCACAUGUUUAGGGGGCAGCUAUUUGUCAUUAUAAGUGUCUGUGCAAAUGCAACAGUUACAUAUUGCUUUGUCUGCUGAAGCCCUGCAAAGUGAUUGCUUUCUUUUUCAUUAUGUACUGCAUUAAAGUUGUAGAUCUGUAAAUCGUGUUACUCUUAAAUGUAUGUACUCUGCCUGUCCAAAUGAUUACUUUUUAGUUAUUUGAAAUCACAUUUUAUCUGGAGUGGUUUUGCUUGAGCUUUUUUUUUUGUAGCUGCACCUUUAAGAUAAUGUUCCUCCUCCUGGGAUGGGAAAUGGACAUGUGAUCGGGAAGCUAUGACAGUCUGCCUUCCCGAAGCACAGGCAAGGGUGAGAGAGAGAGAGCAGAGAUCAUCGAAAGAGGAAACAAGUAUUUAAAACCAGCAAAUAGUAAAAAAAAUUAACUUAGGGAUUUAAAGGCAAUACUGUUUAGUAAAAGUUUGAUUAAAGAAUAGGUUAGUAGUAAGUAAGGUGUGAACUAGAGAGGAAGUAGAGGAAGGGUUAAACAGGAAAGGCUAAAACUGUGAGCGGGAGUGAGAUAAGGAGACCUGUGGGUAGUGUUAAACUAAGCUGAAAGGUUGAAAAGCCAGACAUAAGGGAGGGGGAAAAUACAGAGAAGGGAGGCAAAAAUAGAAGCAAAAAUUGAAGGAUGUAAGGCAAAGUUUGAUUAUAGUAAAAAAAGGGCAGGUAAAAAUAGCGUCAUUAACACUGAAUAGAAACAAAGAAAUCUAACUGGAAGGAGGCAGAAGGAGCCAUGCCACAUUUUACAGUAACUAAAGUACCUGACCCUCACUGUGCUACCGAGGAGGCGACCUCCAGUCCUACGAGCUGGGCUGACAGUGAGGAGGAUUCAUGGGGAGCUGAUCGGAGCCAAACAUCAGUAACAGAGGAGAACAGUAAGCUGCUAGACAUUGACCGCCGGAAGAGUUCAGUGCUUUAUCAAAAUCACACCGAUGAUGAAGGGGACUCUUAUGACAGAAAUCUGGCCCUGUUUGAGGAAGAAAUGGAUACUCGACCAAAAGUUUCAUCCCUCCUUAACCGCUUGGCUAAUUACACAAAUCUGCCUCAGGGAGCAAAAGAACAUGAAGAGGAAAGUGAGGGCAAGAAGAAGGCUGCUAAAACCCCCCGAAUGGGCACGAUAAUGGGGGUUUACCUCCCUUGUCUUCAGAACAUUUUUGGGGUCAUUUUAUUCCUUCGACUCCCGUGGGUGGUGGGCACAGCAGGAGUCUUGCAUGCCUUCUGCAUUGUAUUCGCCUGCUGCUGCUGUACCAUGCUGACGGCUAUUUCUAUGAGCGCCAUUGCAACAAAUGGGGUGGUGCCAGCUGGUGGUGCCUAUUUCAUGAUUUCUCGAGCCCUUGGUCCAGAGUUUGGAGGUGCUGUAGGCCUGUGCUUCUACCUUGGAACAACCUUUGCAACAGCUAUGUACAUCCUGGGGGCUAUUGAGAUAUUCCUGGUGUACAUUUCCCCCCAAGCAGUCAUAUUCCAUGGAGAGGGGGUGGCAGAGGAAUCAGCAGCAAUGUUGAAUAAUAUGCGUGUAUAUGGAACUGGAUUCCUGAUUAUUAUGUCUAUUAUUGUGUUUGUUGGAGUGCGAUAUGUAAACAAGUUGGCCUCUGUAUUCCUGACCUGUGUCAUCAUGUCUAUUCUGGCAAUUUAUGCUGGGGCACUAAAAUCUGCAUUUUCUCCCCCGGACUUUCCGAUUUGCUUGCUUGGAAACCGGACUCUGUCCAAGCAUCAUUUUACCGAAUGUGCCAAGAUAGUGGAGAGCGACAACAUGACCAUUGUCACAGAUCUGUGGAAUCUAUUCUGCCACCCAUCGGAUCAGCUGAAUGGAACUUGUGAUGAAUAUUUUGCCCAUAAUAAUGUCACCUUAGUCCAGGGAAUCCCAGGCUUAAAGAGCGGGAUCAUCUCUGAAAACCUGUGGAGCAAUUACCUUCAAAAGGGAGACAUAAUAGAAAAGGCUUCAUUGCCAUCAACUGAGUAUUUGGCUGUGCAGUCUCAAGAGUAUGUUUUAGCUGACAUUACGACUUCUUUUACCCUGUUGGUUGGAAUAUUUUUCCCAUCUGUAACAGGAAUUAUGGCUGGAUCAAAUCGCUCUGGAGACCUCAAGGAUGCCCAGAAAUCGAUUCCAAUUGGAACUAUUCUUGCAAUUCUUACAACCUCCUUAGUCUACCUCAGUAAUGUCAUCCUGUUUGGAGCUUCUAUAGAUGGAGUUGUGCUCAGAGACAAGUUUGGGGAUGCAGUGAAAGGAACUCUUGUUGUUGGUGCGCUUUCAUGGCCAUCUCCUUGGGUCAUUGUGAUUGGAUCUUUUUUCUCUACUUGUGGAGCUGGACUUCAAAGUUUGACUGGAGCACCUCGCCUGCUCCAAGCCAUUGCUAAGGAUGGAAUCAUUCCAUUUCUGAGGGUAUUCGGACACGGAAAGAGUAAUGGGGAACCGACAUGGGCUCUUCUUCUAACGGCAGUGAUUGCUGAGCUGGGGAUCCUUAUUGCUUCUCUGGACUUGGUGGCACCUAUCCUAUCUAUGUUCUUUCUAAUGUGUUACCUUUUUGUAAACUUGGCAUGUGGAUUACAGACCCUUCUCCAUUCACCCAACUGGCGCCCUCGCUUCCAUUAUUAUCACUGGACUUUAUCUUUUCUUGGAAUGGCACUGUGUUUAGCCCUCAUGUUUAUCUCUUCCUGGUAUUAUGCCCUAAUUUCCAUGGUAAUUGCUGGAAUGAUCUACAAGUACAUUGAAUACCAAGGGGCCGAAAAAGAAUGGGGAGAUGGAAUCCGUGGAUUGUCCUUGAGUGCAGCACGUUUUGCUCUCCUGCGCCUGGAAGAGGGUCCACCUCACACUAAGAACUGGAGACCUCAGCUACUUGUUUUGGUGAAAUUGGAUUCAGAUCUCCAUGUCUCUCAGCCUCGCCUUCUUUCCUUCGCCUCCCAGCUAAAGGCUGGUAAAGGUCUGACCAUUGUGGGUUCAGUACUUCUGGGAGACUACCUAGAGAAUCAUGCAGAGGCCCAGGCAGCGGAGCAGGCACUGAAACACUUAAUGGAGCAAGAAAAAGUAAAAGGUUUUUGCCAAGUGGUUGUGGCUCAGAAGCUGAAAGAGGGUCUUUCCCACCUUAUACAGUCCUGUGGUCUUGGGGGAAUGAGACACAACACUGUGAUCAUGAGCUGGCCAAGUAGCUGGAGACAGAGUGAUGACUCACGGGCUUGGAAAUCCUUCAUCACUACCAUUCGUGUAACCACAGCUGCCCGCCAAGCACUUCUGGUAGCAAAGAAUGUAUCCCUGUUCCCUGGCUCCCGUGAAAUAUUAGCAGAAGGGCACAUUGAUGUUUGGUGGAUAGUACAUGAUGGGGGCAUGCUCAUGCUUCUGCCCUUCCUCCUUAAACAACACAAGGUGUGGCGGAAAUGUAAGAUGCGUAUUUUCACUGUGGCUCAGAUGGAAGACAAUAGUAUUCAGAUGAAAAAGGACUUGGCUACCUUCCUUUAUCAUUUACGUAUCGCUGCUGAUGUUGAAGUGGUGGAGAUGCAUGACAGCGAUAUAUCUGCAUACACAUAUGAACGCACACUCAUGAUGGAGCAGAGGUCACAAAUGCUGAGACAGAUGCGCCUUUCAAAAACAGAUCGGGAAAAGGAGGCUCAGUUGGUGAAGGACAGGAAUUCAAUGCUGCGUUUAACCAGUGUGGGCUCUGAUGAUGAUGAAGAUACAGAGGCUGUCCCAGAUAGAGUGCACAUGACUUGGACCAAGGAUAAGCACCAUGCAGUUCGUGUUGCCCAAAGCAAACCAAUGCCCAGCUUUCAGGACCUUCUCAACAUACGACCGGACCAGUCGAAUGUUCGGCGUAUGCACACAGCUGUGAAACUUAAUGAAGUCAUUGUUAAUAAAUCCCAUGAUGCCAAAUUGGUUUUGCUCAACAUGCCAGGACCCCCUCGUAACCCUCAGGGUGAUGAGAAUUAUAUGGAGUUUCUAGAGGUGCUUACUGAGGGCUUGGAACACGUGCUGUUAGUGAGAGGAGGUGGAACAGAGGUGAUCACCAUUUACUCAUAGGUGUGCACAGUGCAUUUCUUAGGUUGGCAUUGUGGAAACCAGGAACCAACCUGAGAGAGAGUGGAAAGAUGGAACUUUUGUUAAUGCCAAAUUAUUCCACUCCCUUGAAUGGAACAAGGUGAAAAUUCUCAGAAGUGUUGGCAUUAAAGAUCUUUUCCCGUAAAUUGUAGUUUUCAUAAGGGAGUCACCAAAAUACCGUUUAAUGCCAAAGGGGAGUGCCAUGAAUGCAUUUGCUGUCCAAAGAAUCUAUCCCAAACACCUCUGGCUGGAAAAUACGGAAAAAGACUUCUAGCUCUCACC